GCUGGAAUUUGCCCAGACGCUCAGUCAGUCAGAGGCAGGCGGGCUGUGUACCACCACUUCUACCACUCCACCUCUUCUCCUCCACGUUAAACCUCAGGUGUGUCAAAAAACAUUAAGAAAAAGAAAACCAGCAACGAUGGACAACGUCUAUGACAUAGUAGAUGAGGGAAGUGUGCAUGAGGAGCGCCGCGAUGGAGCUGACAGCCCCGACCGAGAGCCCAAAUGUGAGCGCUCAGGUGAGGCGAGGGAGCAGCUGUACAGCGAGGUGCAGGUCCACGCCUCUGCGGAGGAAGGGCGCAGCUCGCCGGAAUACAUGGAGAUCAGGGACGGGGACAGGCACAGCUGCUCGUCCUCCUCAUCCAGCGACGACGACGAGGAGGUUAAAGGCGAGGAGGUCGCGGAGGAAAAAGUGACGGUGGAGCCGGAGCCUGUGGAGCAGGUGAACGGCGAGGCGCACGACGGGUCAUCAAGACGUUCGUCGGCCUCCUCAGCAUCCUCCGCCUCUCCCGGAGACCCGUGCGACGACCCGCCGAUCCAGCCGAGGACUCAGGAAGAGGAUAACGCCGAGGACGGGAUGCUGAUGGCGUACACCCAUCCUAACACCGACGCCAAGCCGGAGGAGUCUGUCGACUACAGCCUUAAAACUCUGGAGAACGUCACUCUAGAUGAGAGCAGCGCUGCACCGGCUGACCCCAGCAAGCCUGACAUCUCUCUGUUCGUCAAGGCGGGCAGCGACGGAGAGAGCAUUGGAAACUGUCCCUUCUCUCAGCGUCUCUUCAUGAUCCUGUGGCUGAAAGGAGUUGUGUUCAAUGUCACCACCGUCGACCUCAAGAGAAAGCCGGCGGAUCUGCACAACCUGGCCCCGGGGACGCACCCUCCCUUCCUGACCUUCAACGGAGAGGUCAAGACCGACAUCAACAAGAUCGAGGAGUUUCUUGAGGAAAUGCUCUGUCCUCCAAAGUAUCCCAGACUGGCCGCCAAGCAGAGAGAGUCCAACACAGCUGGAAAUGACAUCUUCGCCAAGUUCUCAGCCUACAUCAAGAACACCAAACUAGAGGCCAAUGCUGUUUUAGAGAAGGGUUUAACCAGGGCCCUGAAGAAGCUGGACGAUUAUCUGAACAGCCCACUGCCAGAUGAGAUUGAUGCAGACAGUAUGGAAGAGGAGAAGGGCUCCAACCGACACUUCCUAGAUGGGAAUGAGCUUACUCUUGCAGACUGCAACCUGCUGCCUAAACUGCACAUAGUCAAGGUUGUUGCUAAGAAGUACCGCAACUAUGACAUCCCCUCAGAAAUGACAGGCGUGUGGCGGUAUCUGAAGAAUGCCUACGCACGUGACGAAUUCACCAACACCUGCGCCGCAGACUCUGAGAUCGAGACCGCCUACAAAGAUGUGGCGAGGAGACUGGCCAAGUAGUUCGCCAUCCAAGGCCUAAACAAAAUAAACUAGCAGCACGACACAAAAAGAAAACAUCACUCUCAAACUUACAUGUGACUGUCCCUUAGAGUCCUCUUCAGUGACAAACCUGACAUUUUUGUCCAUUAUAGCAAACAGGUCAGAUGUUGCAGAUGUCUUUGUCGUAGGGUGGCUUAUACUGCUUUACAGCUCCAGCUAUGAUGGAUAUCAGAGUACAUAGUGUGUAUGGUAUUGCAAUUACAGGAACAGACACUACAACACAGAAGUGGAGCAGAAUAUAAAUCAAGUGCAAUAAGCUUAAUUCACAAGUUUCAAACCAGAUUCCAACUUUGCUGCUGUGAAACUUCUUACAUAACCCUUCUCACUCAAACGUUAUUGUGUCUGUCUGCAUACAUUUCUCAUAACACAAAGCUCUCUUUCAUACAUACUCCACCGGUCUGCACGGCCAAACAUUUUACUAGCUGCUGAUGUCAGGGUCAUUCGCUUUAUUUAUUCCUAAGCCCACAGAAGUCUAGUCUGACUCCAGUGUUUAUUAUCAAGUUCUGGCUCCUGGGGAGGACGCACCUUGAUCAUCUAUGAUUGACGCUCUAAUUGUUUGCUCACUAUGACUGUUGCAAUCUGCAGAUUCAUUCUGAUUGUCAUUCAUUAACUGUAGGUGUUGCUGUAGUUGUUUUGUUUCCUUGAGCUCACGCUUACUUUAAAAAUUCACUCCUGCUUCUGAAAGGUUGAUUUUAAGAAAGGUUGAUUGAACAAAAAUUAGCUGACGAGAGCGUACGUAGCUUAGAACAAAGCUUGUUUCUGAAUUGUUUGCAUGCAUGAAUCUGUUUUAAAUUGUAAUAUUUGAACCUGAUAUAGAGCCUGUUUUUGAGAUAUGAAAAAUCCUCAACUAUGUGCCUUUAUUUGGAAGUAUGAAAAGUCCAUGCCAACGUCACUGAUGGACUCGUUCUGAGAAAUGUAUUGCCGCCAGAGCUGAGACAUUUGUUUUGCCUCUAGCUAUUAGUGUUCAGUCUAGGUAUUGAUUUUGUCUUAAGUUACAGAUGAUAUUAUGAAUGGAGAGAGUAUUUAUUUAGCAGCCCCAAUCAGGCCUGAUUAGCUAGAGCCAUUAGUGCUGCGAUGAAAAGCGUCUUCCAGGCCAGGUCCGCAAUGGUCAGGAGCCCUGCCCUCCAGCUCUUCAUCAAAGAGACAUUUCCUCUGCUCUGAGGAGUCUAUCAACUUCCACAGCCUUAAAAGUUCAAGUUCAAAAGUUUCAUUGUCCGCACAGAGGAGGAUGGAAAUUUGUCUUGGGGCUUAUCGUCUUUGGCUUGUUGUCAGGCUGCAACUAUAGCGAGACUUCCUUGAAGAACCAUAAGGCUCUUGUGUGGUUUGGACAAACAUAUGAUAUGAAAUUGGAGCAUGAUGACUGAGAGGCUUGCUCAUUGCAAAGCUCUACAAAUAAAAUAAUAUUUUCACAGA